AUGAAGCAAUCUCAAUUCUCCCUCCGAGCUGCCGCUCUUUGCGGCCUGGCUGCCCUCCAAGGCGCCACAGCCCAUCUUGCCGCUUACACUCCCGGCAUGUACUGCCCCGAGAACACUUACAAGGGCCCCCUCACCAACUUCACCGACCCCAACCACGUCGUCUACGACCCCCUCUACAACCUCUCCAAGGACAGCUGGUUCCUCUCCAAGGGCCGCAACUGCUGGCUUGCGCCGCCCACCGGCGUCUGGGAGAUCCAGGCCAACUCCGCCAUCCAAGUCCCCUGGGCCAACCAGCAGAACUCGCACGGCUACUACGCCGACGGCAAGGAGCAGAACGAGCGGCCCCAGCCCUUCUCCGUCACCAACCCGGCCGUCGUCGCCGCCGGCCUCGUCUCCAGCUCCGGAGGCAUCAACAGCCCCAACCUGCACGCCGGCAACAAGUCGACUGCCGCUGGCACUGCCGUUGCCAUUGCCUACAAGUCCAACAUUUACGACGUCAAGAUGGAGGACUUUGUCGUCUUCACUACGGCUCCUCAGACUCCCUUUGAGCGGCUGGUGACUUACAGCAUUCCCAACCUGAAGGCCUGCAACGAGUGCCUCUGCGCUACUGUCUGGAUCCCUGAUGGCUACGGCCAGCAGAACAUGUACAUGGCCCCCCACAAGUGCAAGAUCAUCAACCCCAACGGCGGCCAGCAGCCCAAGACUCCCUCUCUGGUUCCCGGCCCCAAUGUCAGGGGGCCCAAGCAGAUGAUUGCGGCUUUCCAGGCCGAGGGAAACAAUGUCCAGUGGAAGGGUGGUCAGCAGGUGCCCACUUACACCUCUCGCAUGGGCUUCACGGCUGGUGCCCAGACCGACAUCUUCUGA